ACACGACACUGUGACAGGAAUAUGGUUUGUCUCUCUUGAUUAAUCGGAUCCAAUUUUGCCAGCAUGCUGCGGGUCAUUGUUGAGUCCGCCUUUGGCAUCCCCAAAAAGAAACUUGGAAACCCAGAUCCAAUAGCUGCAGUUGUGUUUAAUGGUGAAAAGAAGAAAACUAAAUACAUUGACAAUGAAUUGAAUCCUGUCUGGAAUGAAGUGCUUGAAUUUGAUCUGAAAGGCUCUUCCUUGGACUCUUCCUCAUUCAUAGAUGUCAUUGUGAAAGAUUAUGAAACAAUUGGCAAACACAAGUUCAUUGGCUCAGCGAAAAUUUCCUUGAGAGACCUGGCCAGUGGUCAAACAAGGUCCCUCCCUUCCAAGAAUGUGCCCUUGGUCAAUGAGAAACAGCAGGCGAUUGGGGCAACCAUCAAUUUGCUCAUUGGGUAUGAGCCUCCUGCAAGCAGCACUCCCAACCUGAAUGAUGAGGCAGAUGGAGAUAUGUCACAUGGAGAUGCAGUUGGCAGCGAAGAGGGGGAAGAAGGGGAGGAGGAAAUGGAAGGAGGGGGUCAGGUAGGAAGCCCGGGAGCUGCUGCCACAUCAAGCCUGCCUGGGAAGCCCAGCCAGAAGCCCAUCCGUCUCAGCCGUAAGAGGCACAGAGCCCUGGCCAACAAGCCUCAGGACUUCCAGAUUCGUGUUCGAGUCAUCGAAGGUCGCCAGUUGCCUGGCAACAACAUCAAGCCCGUGGUAAAGGUGAAUGUGUGUGGAAACACCCACAGGACCAGAGUCAGAAGAGGAAACAACCCAUUCUUUGAUGAGAUAUUCUUCUACAAUGUUAACAUGCUACCAUCAGAGCUGUUUGAUGAGUACAUUUCCCUCCGUGUUUAUGACUCCUUUUCCCUCAGAGCAGAUAGUCUGAUGGGGGAGUUCAAGGUGGAUGUUGGCUACAUCUACGAUGAACCUGGCCAUGCUGUAAUGAGGAAAUGGCUUCUCCUGAGUGAUCCUGAUGACACCGGUUCAGGGGCCAAGGGUUACCUGAAAGUCAGCAUGAUUAUUGUGGCGACUGGAGACGAGCCACCGACUGAGAAGAGGGAGACAAAUGAAGAGCAGGAUGACAUAGAGAGUAACCUGCUGGUACCAGCUGGCAUCACCUUACGAUGGGCCACUCUGAACCUCAAAGUCUACCGUGCUGAGGACAUGCCCCAGAUGGAUGAUGCUUUUGUUCAGACGGUAAAGCAAGUUUUUGGAGGUGAUGGUGAUAAGAAAAACUUGGUGGAUCCAUUUUUGGAGAUCAGCUUUGCCGGCAAAAAGCUGUGCACCAAAAUUAUAGAGAAAAAUGCUAAUCCAGAGUGGAACCAAAUCAUCAGUCUCCAAGUCAAGUUCCCAUCCAUGUGUGAACGCAUCAGGUUGACUGUUUAUGACUGGGACCGACUAACCAAAAAUGAUGCCAUAGGAACAACAUAUUUGAAUCUGAGCAAAAUCGCUUCCUCUGGCGGUGAGAUUGAAGAUACACCAGCUGAAACUUGCAACACGUUAUCCUCUGAAUUAAGCACUGCAGAGUCCGAGGUUGGUUUUCUCCCAGCCUUCGGUCCUUGCUAUGUCAACCUGUACGGGAGUCCCAGAGAGUUCACUGGCCUGCCCGACCCAUAUGACGAACUCAACCUUGGCAAAGGUGAAGGGGUGGCCUACAGGGGGAGGGUCCUCAUUGAGCUGUCCACUGAGCUGGAUGGAAAAGUCGAUAAGAAGGUGGAUGACAUCUCCAGUGAUGACAUCCUGGUGACACAGAAAUACCAGCGGAGGAGGAAGUACUCCCUUUGCGCUGUGUUCCACAGUGCCUGCAUGCUUCAAGAGCCAGGGGAGCCAAUCCAGUUUGAGGUCAGCAUUGGUAACUACGGCAACAAACUGGACUCCACUUGCACACCCCUGGCAUCGACCACCCAGUACAGCUUUGCUGUGUUUGAUGGUAAUCACUACUACUACCUGCCCUGGGCUGACACUAAGCCUGUGGUGAUCCUCACUUCAUUCUGGGAAGACAUCAGCCACCGCCUGGAUGCUGUCAAUAUUCUCUUCUUCAUUGCUGAGAGACUGGAGUCUCACCUCACCUCUUUAAAAACAGCCAUCUUAGCCAAAAUGCCUGAGACCCGUCUGGCAGAGAUUUGGCUUAAACUCAUCAACCACAUGAUAGAGGACCUUAACAGUUUCCAGCUUCCAGCGCUGGAGGGGCAGCCAAACGUGACUGCACUGGACAUGCAGAUAAAAAAACUUCGGGACGCUGCUGUGGCCAACAUCAAACAGAUGGCCACUCUCAUGAAAGAAGAGGCCACAGAUGUAAAGGCCACAGUUAGCGACAUUGAAGAAUGGCUGGAAAGACUCAAGCAGCUGGCAGAGGAGCCUCAGAACAGCGUACCAGAUGUGAUCAUCUGGAUGUUGAGAGGAGAGAAGCGGGUAGCAUACGCCCGAGUCCCAGCCCAUCAGAUCCUCUACUCCACCUUCAGUGAGCAGGCCUGUGGAAAACACUGCGGAAGCACCCAAACCAUCUUCAUGAAGUACCCCAUGGACAAAAACAAAGGUGUGAAGAUCCCUGUUCAGCUUCGCGUCAACAUGUGGCUGGGUCUUUCUACAAAUGAGAAGAAAUUCAACAGCUUCUCAGAGGGAAACUUCAGUGUAUAUGCUGAAAUGUAUGAGAACCAGGCCCAAGUGUUUGGGAAGUGGGGAACCACAGGCUUGGUUGGCCGCCAUAAGUUCUCGGACGUGACCGGAAAGGUGAAACUAAAACAAGAGCGCUUUAUGCCGCCACGUGAAUGGGAAUGGGAGGACGACUGGUUUGUUGACCCUGAGCGAUGCCUGCUGACAGAAGCAGAUGCUGGCCACACAGAGUUCACGGAUGAGGUUUUUCAGAAUGAGACACGCUUCCCUGGUGGGGAGUGGAAACCUGCUGCAGAGCCCUACACAGAUGUGAAUGGAGAAAAGGCUCAGAGCCCAGAAGAGCUGGAGUGUCCUCCUGGAUGGAGCUGGGAGGAUGCCUGGAGUUUUGAUAGCAACAGGGCCGUGGAUGAGAGAGGCUGGGAAUAUGGAGUCACCAUUCCUCCUGAUAAUAAACCCAAAUCCUGGGUUGCAGCAGAGAAAAUGUACCAUGUCCAUCGCAGGAAGAGGCUCAUACGACCAAGAAGGAAAAUAUCUGAUAAAAAGCCUGCUGCCGAGAGGCGGGAACCUGGGGAAGGCUGGGAAUACUCCUCACUGAUUGGUUGGAAGUUCCACAGGAAGGAGCGCUCCUCUGACACGUUUCGCCGCCGUCGCUGGAGGAGAAAAAUGGCUCCAUCGGAUUGCAUGGGGGCCUCGGCCAUCUUUAGACUGGAGGGGGCACUAGGAGUUGAUGUUGACGAGAAGGCCAGUAAAACGGAUGCAGCCAAGCUGUUUGGUGCCAACACACCCACUGUUUCCUGCCACUUUAACCGGUCCUACAUUUACCAUCUGAGGGUGUACGUGUAUCAGGCAAGGAAUCUCUGUGCCAUGGACAAAGACAGCUUCUCAGAUCCCUAUGCCCAUGUGUCAUUCCUACAUGUCAGUAAGACCACAGAAGUCAUAAGGGCCACCCUUAACCCUACAUGGGAUCAGACUCUCAUCUUUGAGGACAUUGAAAUCUAUGGGGACCCCCAGACAAUUGCCCGCAACCCUCCUGAUGUGGUCUUGGAGCUGUAUGACAGCGAUCAAGUGGGUAAAGAUGAGCCUAUGGGUCACUGUACAUGCCCCCCGAUAGUGAAGCUGAACCCCAGUGUGGACGUCAGCCCCAAGCUGCUGUGGUUCCCAGUCACCAAAAAGGGCCGCGGUGCAGGAGAAAUGCUUCUGGCCGCUGAGCUCCUACUGAAAGACAAGGUGAAUGAGGGAGAUAUGCCCCUGGUGCCUCCCAGGCGAGGGGAGAAGCUCUACAUGGUUCCCCAGGGAAUCAGGCCAGUUGUGCAGCUCACUGCCAUUGAGAUCUUGACCUGGGGUUUGAGGAAUAUGAAGCCCUACCAGCUGGCUACAGUUUCUUGCCCCAGUUUGAUUGUGGAAUGCGGUGGCGAGAUCAUUCAAACUGCUGUCAUCAAGACCUUCAAAAAGAACCCCAACUUCCCCGGAUCUGUGCUGCUGCUCAAAGUGCUCCUGCCCAAAGAGGAGAUGUACACCCCUCCCAUAGUGCUGAAGGUCAUAGACCAUCGACCUUUUGGCAGAAAACCCGUAGUGGGUCAGUGUACCAUCGACUGCCUGGAGCAGUUCCGCUGCGACCCUUAUCGCAUCAACAGUGAAAUGGUCAUGUCUGCCAAAGUGGCGAUGAUAGCAGCUGCCCAGGGAGAUGUUGUCAUCGAUGUUGAAGAGAGACCCAUUCUGAAUACUGAGCAGCUGCAUGCAGAAAAGGAGGACGAGGCAGUAGACUGGUGGAGUAAGUUUUAUGCCUCCCUCGGGGAGCAGGAGAAGUGUGGCCCUUACCUCAAAAAAGGAUAUGACACUUUACAGGUGUAUAACAGCGAGCUGGAGGAGGUUCCACAGUUCCAGGGCUUGACUGAUUUCUGCGGCACCUUCAAACUGCAGCGAGGGAAGAGUGAGGAUGAGGAAGAUGAUCCCACAGUGGUGGGAGAGUUCAAGGGCUCGUUCAGGAUUUAUCCACUGUCUGAUGACCCAGGGGUUCCUGCUCCACCCCGUCAGUUCAGAGAGCUUCCUGAGAGCGGGCCUCAGGAGUGUCUGGUCAGAAUUUAUGUGGUGCGCUGCAUUGACCUGCAGCCCAAGGAUAACAAUGGCAUGUGUGACCCUUACAUUAAGAUCACUUUGGGAAGGAAAACAGUGGAUGACAGAGAUAACUACAAGCCAAACACCCUCAAUCCAGAUUUUGGGAGGGUGUUUGAGCUGUCCUGCUUUCUGCCUCAAGACAAGGACCUGAAGAUUGCCGUCUAUGACUACGACUUACUGAGCAGAGAUGAAAAAGUGGGUGAGACGGUCAUCGAUUUGGAGAACAGACUCCUGUCCCGUUUCGGCGCCUAUUGUGGCCUUCCACAGACUUACUGCACGUCAGGGGUCAAUCAGUGGAGACACCAGCUGAAGCCAUCUCAGAUUCUCCAGAACCAGGCCAAGCUGAAGGGAAUUCCUCCUCCACGCAUAGAAGGAGAUGGCAGCUCAUUGACCUUCUCUGGGAGACAAUACAGCCUGCAAGAUUUUGAGGCUAACUCUGUGAACCACCAGCACCUGGGCCCAGCCAGGGAGCGGCUGGCCUUGCACGUCCUCAGAAACCAGGGCUUGGUACCGGAGCAUGUGGAGACCAGGACCCUGUGCAGCUCUUACCAGCCAAAUCUGUCUCAGGGGCGAAUUCAAAUGUGGGUGGACAUCUUCCCUAAGAGCCUGGGCUUGCCAGGACCUCCGUGUGACAUUACUCCACGCAAAGCCAAAAAGUACUAUUUGCGGGCCAUUGUCUGGAACACAACUGAUGUCAUUCUGGAUGAAACAAGCAUCACUGGAGAAAAUAUGAGUGACAUCUACGUCAAAGGAUGGAUGCCAGGCAUGGAGGAUGACAAGCAGAAGACUGAUGUCCACUACAGAUCCCUGGAUGGUGAUGGAAACUUCAACUGGAGGUUCAUCUUUGGGUUUGACUACCUGCCUGCAGAGCAGCUGUGUGUUGUUUCCAGGAAAGAACACUUCUGGAAUCUGGACAAAACUGAAUUCAGGGUUCCCCCGAAACUGAUCAUCCAGAUAUGGGACAAUGACAAAUUCUCCCUGGAUGACUACUUAGGUGCCAUUGAGCUGGACCUGCUCAAUCUGAUUCCCCCUGCAAAGAGCCCAGAAAAAUGCAGCCUGAAGAUGAUACCAGGAAUGCCAGGCUCAUCCCUAACCAAGAGACCAAAUCCCAACUCCCUGUUUUCCCAGAAGUCUGUGCGAGGCUGGUGGCCGUGCAUGAUGGAGCAGGACGGGAAACAUGUGCUUGGUGGAAAAGUGGAGUUGACCUUGGAGAUCGUGGAGGAGAAGGAGAUGGAGGAGAGACCAGCCGGGAAAGGCAGAGAUGAGCCCAACAUGAAUCCCAAACUGGACCCACCCAAUCGCCCUGACACGUCCUUCUUCUGGUUUACGAACCCCUGCAAGACCAUGAAGUUCAUCGUGUGGCGCAGAUUCAGAUGCAUUUUCAUUGUCGCGAUUAUCCUUCUGCUGGUGAUCUUGUUCUUCGGGAUCCUGUUCUACUCUCUUCCCAAUUAUAUCUCAAUGAAGAUUGUGAAGCCAUUCGCAUGAGGAGUGCUGCAGAGAGGCUGUCUGCCUUCCUGAUUCAGGAGCCACACAGAUACUCUUCACUAUACAGUGUCCCCUGGAAAUAUAUGCAAUUACUUGUACUAUCGACUCUACUCUCCAUAGCGGACUGAUUCUAUUCAGCAUUUCCACCCAAACAUAAUCAGCACUGUCUGUUUUUUUUUAUUUUUUAUUAUUUUUGCACUUUGUAUCAGUUGCACUAUGGUGUCUCACAACUUGCAAGCAUUAUUUUUUUUCUAACAUUAAGCUUUAUAAAAAAAAUCAUGAAUGUCAAGAAUCAAAACAUUGUAAUAAAUUCUGUAAUAAUCUAAUCUUUACAGUUUAUGGUAUAAUUUUACACGAGUGAUUCCAGUGCAUCCAAGUUUGUA